CUCUCUCUUACAUACUUUCUUUGUAUUUAUUGCUUUCCUUUUUGUAGUACUCAGACUUUGUAAUUUGUAAAUUUUUGUACAAUCGCAGCAAUUAUUAGCAACCUUUAAACGUUUCUCAUAAGUGCAGUGUUCAAAAGGAGAAACCUUACCUAUUUACUAUCAACCUUCCACAUGAUGAGAUUCUUGAGAUAAGAAUUAGAGGAUGCCUGUAAAUCAACAAGAACUUAUGAAGGUUGCAGUGGAGCUUUCAGAGGAAAGAAAUUUACAAGUGACUAUCAUUGAGUCUGGUAAAGGUGCCUGUAUAGCGGGAGGAGGUGCUUUGUUAGGCGGCUUAUUCGGAGGACCUGUUGGUUUAGCAAUUGGAGGCACAUUGGGUUCUAUCCUUGCCGCAUGGAAUGGUUCCGGUAAAUUUAAAUCGGUAGCUGAAGUAAUUUUAGAAGACAUGACACCGACACAAAGAGAAAAUCUUGCCAAUGCCAUCAAGAUUGCUUUGCAGGAUGUUUCGUGGGAAGAUGCAGUUCAACUUACUACGUUAAUAAUGACCAACGAUUCUUUAAAAUUAUUAUUAAUGAAUGAAAUUUGCAAAUAUUUGAAGAACGAGAUGGGGCUUAGAGUAAUUAUGUAGUAAUUUUAUAUUAUAAAGGGUUUAUAGAUAUAUUGAAAAUAAAUGUUUUUUGUUUAA